AUGGGCAGGGCCGGGAGCGUAGAGGCCGCGAAGUGCGCGGUGGGCCCAGGAGGCCCUGGGCCUCCUGGGAGCCUUGCGCUGCGCCAGCUGGAAUCGGCCGGCCCUCGGCGCUCAGACCCCGCGGGAGCCCCCCUGCCGUGCCCGCCUCGCGCCUUUUCGCUGCAGCCCUGGGCCGAGGAAAACCUCAACAUCCUCCUGCAGGCUGCUUUCUUCGAUUCCUCCGAGCGUGUGCUGGGCUCCUCAGAAACAGCUGUCUGGCUGCACGUCCCCCGCCGCAUCCAGACAAAUGCAAUCUCUUUCGAAUGGAAGGUACAGCUGCAUCCAAAGUUUAAUGUUUGUGUGAUAGUCUCUUGGAAGAAUCGUUCUGAUUUGAACAACGGAACUUUGAAAUGCAAUCGUCUCAACAACCGGCCCUAUUUUAUCAUGAAGAACCUAUCCCUUGUCAUCGAGGCAGCUGAGCCGCGGGACAGCGGUUUCUACCACUUGGAGGCCACGGAUGACGAGGGGUUGGUCAGGACACACCAGUUCAAUGUCUCUGUGCUGGACCCGGUGGGGCCCCUCAGGCUGCUGGGGUGGCUGGAGGCCCUGGACGGAGGGAAGUGCCGGGUGACUCUGUCCUGCCUGGUCUCCGGGGGCAGCAACGUGAGCUACACCUGGUACCGAGGGAGAGAGAGGGUCCUGAGGCUGAGUAACGUGUCCGCACUGGAGCAGACCGAGGUCAGCGGCAGCGGCCCGCACUCCUACACUUGCGAAGUCAGCAACCUGGUCAGCGGCGCCAACCAGACGCUCACGCUCAGCCAGGGCUGCCUGAGCGCGCUCCCGGCCCUCGGCUCCCUGGCCUUCGGGAUGAUUGUCGCGGGUGCCGCUGUCGCGCUGCUGCUCGGCGCAGGCGUCCUCGCCGGCGUCUGCGUGCACAGAAGGAAGAGGAAGCCGGCAGAGCCCAGCCCCGAGGAGUCUCUGACGGUGUACGAAGACGUCCACAGCCUGCGGACCCGCCAUCAAGAGCAGAGGGAGAAGGAGCGGGACUCCCCUGUGGCAGGGAGCACCAUCUACGCCUCGAUCCAGCCCCAGCUUCCUGCUUCCACACCACAGAGAGAGGCGUACACACUGUACUCAGUGAUACAGGUCACGCGGAAGCCUGGCCCCAAGAAGACGGGACGCAGCCCUUCCUCGCCCUGCACUGUCUACGAUGAGGUCGGAAAGCCAGGACCCAAAGCUCGGAACUCCGUGUUAACCCGCAAGGAGCUGGAGAACUUCUGCGUGUACUCCUAGUGGCUGUGGCCGGCUCCCCACCAGCAUCUGCUUUGGGAAUCAACGCAACGGAUGCUGUCGCAAGAGCUUGAAAGGACAGUUCCUAGUCUGGGAAUUCGUCCAUGGACUAUAUUUUGUUUUGAAAAUGAUUUCUAACAGCCAUUAAAAGAGCAAGGUUGUUAAAUAAUAUCUUUCAACUUACAGGUCAUACAAGAG